GCAUGUGAUGACAUUUGUUUUGACGUUUUCGCCAAGUAGAAUUUACUGUCUGAGGCCACUUGCAUAGAUUUUUUUUCGCAACAACUUUAUUAAUUUGAUAAUUCCCUGCUAUGGAUUAAGCGACAGCGACUAAUUGUUGUUGAUGUACUUGUGCAAAUCAUUUAUAGAAUUGGAUAAAAUGUUUAGUAGAUUGUCGGAUGUUUUGCAGACCGCAGCUGACGUGAUAGCACCGCCUCCAACUCCACUUCAAGAAUUUGAGUAUCACUGGAAGCAAAUAAAAAAUUUUUAUGUUGCAAACAAAGAGCCCCCAAAAAUACAUGUCAAUGACACAAAUUUGCCGCAUCACUUAGAAGGAAUGCUCCAAAUUCUUAUCGCUGAACAGUCAGAGAAAACUGAAGCAGAGAAAGUUGUAAAUACUUGUAUGGAAUUCCUUCUCACAAAUCGAUUACUUGAUGUCCUAGAACAGUUGUCGGUCGCCGAUAAUCCGCCUGGAAUUCGUGUAUGUGUUCUCAACUGGAUUCGCAGGAUGCUUUCGUGCUUGGAAAAUCCUCCAUUAGAACAUGCCAGUUUGUUUCAACCAAUUCAGACUUUUGUGAAAAUUUGCGACGGACGAAAUCCAUCACCAUACGAACAGGAAGAAAUACUUUUCCUAGAAACAGUUGCCGGAUUAGUUCGCAAAGAUCCAUUUCUUAUGAACAUUUUUCUUCCAUCUCAUCAACAUUCGGCCAAAGUUAGUGUUUCCUUGAAGGGGACCCGCACGAAAAAGCUACCAACCAAAAAUCCCUUAUUCGAUUGUACGAGAAUCGAUGCGAAUAUACGUCGUGUGGAAAUUCUUCCAGAUGGAAACAACGAAAGUGAAAAAAGUAAUACAGUGAACAGCACCGUUGAUAAAUUAGAUACGGUGAAUGCAGAAGAAGAAAGUGAUUCGACAAUUGUAAAGGAUAAUUUGCGUGAAAGAUACUGUGAUAGUAGAAGUAUAAGCAGCAGCAGCAAGAGUGAUGCAAAUAUGGACGGAAGUGGCGAAAUGAAAAAGGAAGUUAAGUGCGAUUGCGAGGAGACGGAUAGGUUUAAUUUGUUAGAUGCGAUUUUAACGUAUUUCGAAAGUCCGGAUAGCAAAAUAGUUGUUCGUGCAUGUGAAGGAGCAUUGCUGACAUGCUCAUCGCCAACUCUAGACACUAAUUGCAUUUCAGUCUGUGCUAGCCUCGAAGACUACAUAACAUUUCUUAUCCUGAAACUUGUAUAUUUGAGUGAAAGAAUCCCCGAAGAUAUUGAACCGGGUGAUGUAGAGGAAUUGACUGUGUCCUGGGGUCUGAUACCCAGAGAAAGUGAACAACAUAACUUCAUUGGACGUGCUCAACUACAUGAGUUUCUUUGCUGGAUGGACUACACAGAUUGUGUUGCACGUGAAUGUAUGAAAUUACAGAUGCUUGGCCCGAAAUUUCGAAGUGAAUUUCUAGUGGGUGCCAUUGAGCCAGCUUUGAUUGCGAUAGAUACGCCGUUUAUGUUGGUAUUAAUGUCGAAAGUGAUAAAACAACUGAGAUCGAUAUAUUUGAUGGAUGAGAUAGCGAAUUGGUUGGUGGGUGAGGAUCAACUUGAUGCUUAUGCGAGAGGAGACUGUUUGUUGAAUAUAAUCAUUGAAAAUGCGCAGGAUAAUUCUGAAGUUCUACUAUCUGCCAUGCAGUUUAUCGAGGCUCUCCUCGACAAUCCUCACGAACGGAUAUUACAUGAAAUGAUAUUUCGUUACAUCAACACUCGAGGAUAUUACGAUCACAUGUCGCAUGCAAUGCAAAGCUGGUCAGACGAAGAAGAUGAACGCGAUCGUCGACGUGGAAGUGCAGACGGAGCUAUCAAAUCUCGAACUUUGGCUCCACAUAACAUACUUAAAGUGAUAAACAAUUUUCUACUUUUACUCCCGCGGCAAAUCAUGGCAGAAGCAACUGGAACUUGCUACGAAGAAUACGUUCAAGAUGCAAGCCGUCAUUAUAAAAAUUGGAUAAAGAAAACAGCUAACUUUUCGUGGCCUGUCGAAGCAAUUUCGCCCCCAGAAAAAGAAGAUUUCGGCGCGGCUUCCGUUUCACCAACUGCAUCGUUGGAUAUGAGACGAAAUAAUAUAGCACAACCUUCUUGCUCAAAAGAGCCACAAUGCAAUGAUAGCGGUAUAUCAGAGGAAAGUUUCUAUGAAGGUCCUUUGCUGAAAUUGCUGUUUUCACAUGUUCGACAUAUGGCGGUCCAACCUUGUGAAAUUAACUUAGCGAUCAUCGCAAUUCUCUCCAAGCUGGCCUUUCUGCCUCAUCCAUAUUUGCAUGAACUGCUCCUUAAUCCUGAAAUACCAACUGCUCAUGGAGUUAACACUCUAUGGAGUAGUAUGCAAGUUGUCGCACGUCAACUACUAUUGGAAAUACCAAAACAUGAUAAUUUCCAGAAGAAAAUAGGAGAUGCUAGCAAACGUCUACUGACCAACCCUCCAGUGAUUUGUGAGACUAGUGAUGAAAACGAGUCAUUAUUCGAGGCCAUUGUUGUCCUAGAGGAGUUCUGCAAGGAGUUGGCCGCGAUAACGUUUGUUAAGUAUCACCAUGCUACUGAGUAGUGACUAGGCUAAGCGACGAAAUAUUGUUAAUAUUCUGGUAUUAUAUAGGUGCGUUGUUUUUCUUCCAUUCCUUUAUGUGUAUUAAGAGUAUCUAUAAAACUAUUUAUAGUACACACAUAUGAUGUAAGCACAGACAAUGUAUUUCUAGUCAAUAAACUAUUA